AUGGCUAAAAUAUUAGCAAGUGUUUUAAUAUUAAGUGUUAUUUGCACUAUUACACUGGCUGAGCCAGGAGUUCACAGGAUACGCAUACGUUUUCCAGGACCAAGUAGUGAUAAAAUUGUGCUGCCAAAACCAGCAAAACAAGAAGUAGCACCAUAUCCAGCGGCUGGCUUUAAACCUGAACCGGUUUUUGAAUUGCCAGAACCAACAUAUUUACCAGCAGCCGAACCUGAACUCACUUAUGGACCACCAGAAGUUAUAUAUGGUCCUCCAGCAGAUACUUAUGGACCACCAGAGCCCCAAGAAACUUAUGGACCACCAGAGUUACCAGAGUUAUCUUAUGGUCCCCCAUCUGAUACAUACGGACCACCCGAUCAAACCUAUGGACCCCCAGAACUUACCUAUGGACCACCUGAAAUCAACGACUUCCAGUCAGCAGCCAUUGUCAAUGCACCCCUUACGCUUGCAACACAAUUUACACCACCACGUCCUAACAAGGCUGUUAAUUUCCGCCCAAUUCGGCCACAAUCUGCAGCCAUUGUAAAUGCACCCCUGAAACCCGUAAGACAUUUCAUUGUUCCACGUCCCGAACGUGUGGUCGCUUUUCGCCCUAGACGUCCACAAUCCCAGUCUCAACAAUUAUAUGCUAAAACUUCUCUUACACUUCCACGUGUAGAACGUUUAACAGCAUUCCGUCCCAGACGUGUUUCCAACCAGCGGCCACAAUCAAAUCGUUUCAGUCGUCCAUUACCCUCCAGCAUUUUUGGAAACUCGAAUAAUGGGCGCUCCGGCCGUAAAUUACCCUCGAACAUUUUCUCAAAUUAAAUUAUUUUAUUUAGAUUUAAAAUAUUUCUUAUUUGAAAUUACUUUUCAUCCAUACUUACAUUCAUACAUAUGUUGUUUAUUCCAUUAAUAUUGUUAUUGUUUUAAUAACUUGUUGUUAAUAUUAUUAAAUACUUUUAAUUAUUAUAAAAAUAUACAUACAUAUUAACAAAUGUUAAAAAUUUCCAAAAAAAA